UUAAAAUUUUAUCUGAAAUGUUAAUGCUAUUUCCAAAUAGGCCCUUUGUUACCCUGCAGUGGUGAGUUUUCCUUGUCAUUAGGGUUUUUGGGAUGCAUAUAAUAUUCAUGCAACUUCCAUGAGAAUAUAUACUCCGUAUUUAACUAACACACAAGCUUUUUUUCCCCAAAGUUAAUAAUUCCAGAGAUCCAAAAUGGAAAAUCAGUGCCAGAAGGCAGUCUUCUUCUUCAUCAUCAUCUUCUUCUUCAACAUCUCCCUUUCUUUGGAUCCACAAGAAACAUUAUGCAAUCCCAGCGAUGGAAAAGCCCUAAUGGAUUUCCUGGACAGCAUCACAUCAGCUGAUCCUCCCCGUCUGCUCCAAUCAUGGGACCCCCACAUGGACUGCUGUUUAUGGGAGGGCCUGUCCUGCGACCUAACACGCCGCGUCGUGGCACUGUCACGACCCGGCCUGUUAGCCACAAUAAACUGGGGGGUCCUCAACACGACCCUCUCCGGGACCCUCACCCCUUCCAUCGCCAACUUCACCGCCCUCCAAGUUCUUGACCUCCGCGGCCUCAAGAACCUGUCGGGCCCCAUCCCGGACUCCGUCGGGGAACUGGCUGCCCUAACGAAGCUCGACCUCAGCGGGAACCAGUUCUCCGGCGGAAUCCCGGAGUCCAUCGGGCGACUCAAAAACCUUAUUUACCUCGACCUAUCCGGAAACCGGCUCACGGGAAGAAUCCCGGCUUCCGUGGGGAAUCUUUCCAAACUUUUGUUGUUGCAGCUGAACGGGAACAGACUGGGCGGACCCAUUCCCGGAGAACCAAUCCUCCCGGGGCUGAGAUCGUUGCUGAACCUCCGGUUACACGACAAUGCGUUCACCGGGACGAUCCCACCGUCCAUUGGGAACCUCACAGAGAUCCAAGGGCUGAGCCUUGGGGACAACAACCUGACAGGGAACAUCCCUGAGACCAUUGGCCAUCUCCCAAGCCUCUUCACCCUAAACCUCUCCGGCAACGGCCUCGCCGGAGAGAUCCCGGAGGCGUUCGGAGAUCUUCGGAGCCUCAUUUCGAUGGACCUGUCGGGAAACCAGCUCAGUGGGGAGAUCCCAGGGGAGGUGAUGAAUCUUGAAUCUCUAAAGAAGUUUGAUGUUUCUGGGAACAGGUUGAGUGGGGAAAUCCCUGCACACAAAGCAAAUAUACCCAAGGAGGCUUUUUUGGGGAACCCUGGCUUGUGUGGGUCUCCCCUUCCUCCUUGCAAACCCUUCUUCUAAUGUCUUAAUUGUUUAGGAAGUAAUUAAUUAGUUGAGGGAUAAAAUUAAAAUUAAAGAGUGAAUAUAGAAGAAGACUUUGG